ACAAGACACGAGCCUAGCCAAGCAUACUGUGUCAAACUUGUAAACAAUUUUGUCACUUAUAAAAAAUUUAUUGUGGAGCUAAGAUAGAGUCCUAAAUUCUACUGCACCUUUGUGUAAGUGUAGAAUAUUAAUUUGUUUACUACACCGUAGUAAGUUUUAGUCUUAAAGUCGAGAAACUGGCUACGGUAAAUUCUCCAACGUUGAAGAUGAAGUCAGUGGUGAUUUUCAAGUUCAUCCUGAUGUUCUUUCUUAUUUCACAUCUACCAAAAGCUGUGGACUGUAGCGCCAGCAAUGUAAACGACUGCUACACUUUCCAUGACGUUGACAGUACAUGGGACGAAGCCCGUGACGCGUGCCGUGACAUGGGAGCUCACCUAGUUACCAUGGAGACGACAGACGAGUGGAACAAAGUGAAGGGCUUCCUCGCAGAAAAAAUUAAGGAGGCCGGUAGUUACACUCACUAUUACAUUGGACUCCGUAAAGAAAGUGGAACGUGGAAAUGGACCGACGCAGGAUCGCCUGGUGUAACUGUGACAACAGACGACAGUCGCUGGCAGGAAGGCCAGCCUACUGGUGAUGCUGACCCAAGGCAAAUUUGUGGGGAAAUCUGGUAUCCCAGUGCAGGGCUUAAAGGGCUUAAUGAUAUCCUAUGCAAUCAUAAAUUUAAGGCUUCACGUGGAUACAUCUGUGAAAAUUAUUAAAUUAAACCAAGGUUAACUGAGUUGACCUAAUCAAUUAAAUGUCGAAAUCAGUAUAAAAGGGAGUAAAUUGUAAGCUUAAUAAAGCGAACUGAAUAAAAAUAAACAAAAGAGUUUUGAUUUCUUCGUUUAUUUCUUUUCUUCUUGGCCAAGGAGAAAGCGGUGUAUGUGUCAAACUGAGUUAACCUGAUCAAUUAAAUGUCGAAAUCAGUAUAAAAGGGAGUAAAUUGUAAGCUUAAUAAAGCGAACGCAGACGUAUUUCCGGCUGUCGCUUGUCUCCGCCGAAAAUAACGUCUGCGAACCCGAGCCAGG